AUGCCUUUUACAGAGCCUAUUUUCAAUCCACGGAUGAUAAUUAUCCUCAGCGACAGGAUCGAUCUCGUUGAGCUUUCCCUCUCUCUGUCAAACCAUCUCCGUGAACGUUACCUCAUUCAGCUUGCGAGGAUUCGUACCCACAGGCUCACAGCUCCAGUUGCCGGCGAUAGUCUUGAUGCGGCCUAUGAGAGGAUUGCUCUUCGAGACCUUGCGGAACUCGAAAAUCUAAUUGCCGAAAAAACAAGGUUGAUUCAUCUCCGAGCUUGCGCUUGCAAGAUCAAAGAUACAACCAGGUUUUCAGUAAGCGACGAGUACACAAAGCUGCAUGCUCGGUCAGGAAGCUAUGUUCACAGGGAUGACGGAUAA